AUGAAUAUCCACUGGUUUUGUUCCUUCGUCCCGAUAUUGGCAUUGAUUGGUGUACUUGCUGCUGAGAACAAAUGUUCAGAAGCAGAUUAUGAUCUUGUGAAAUAUAUAAAAUGGCAGAUGGAGAUUUCUAAAGGUGGAUGCAACAGUCCUACACCACAAAAAUGUCAUUGUAAAACAAAAGAGAGAAGAAUUAUAGCUUUCCAAAUUAUGUUGGGUAACAAAAAAGAAAACCUUCCAAAGCAUGCUGUGGUAAAGUUUGACAAAGUGAUUACUAACAUAGGUGGCGCUUAUAGCCCUUCUACUGGUAUAUUUACAUGCCCAGAAGAUGGCGCCUAUAGUUUUGCCUGGACAACCAUGACAGGUGCAGGAAGUCGGUUCAAUUCUGAAUUAAUGGUUGAUGGCACAGUAAUAGCCUACAACUAUAAUGUUGCCGGAAGCAGUAACAGAUCUUCAUCUCAAACAGCUGUCGCGGAGUUGAAAAAAGGCAAUAAGGCAUGGAUACGUACAUACCAUAAUCAUGGGUACUUUGUAGAUAACGCCUGGUCAUCGUUUUCAGGAUUUAAAAUUUGA